GGGCGGAGCCUGGUGGUGGUGGGGGUCUUUGGGCCGCGGUUCUGGUUCUGCGGGCCUGUGCUGAAGCUGCUGCCGACAUGCCACGGGUUUAUAUCGGCCGUUUGAGCUACCACGUCCGGGAGAAGGACAUCCAGCGGUUCUUCAGCGGCUACGGGAAGCUGCUGGAGGUGGAUCUGAAGAACGGGUACGGGUUUGUGGAGUUCGAGGACACGCGGGACGCGGACGACGCCGUGUACGAGCUGAACGGGAAGGAGCUGUGUGGAGAGAGGGUGAUGGUGGAGCAUGCGAGGGGACCCCGGCGGGACCGCGAUGGAUAUGGUGGAGGGGGUUAUUAUGGAGGAGGUCGCAGUGGAUACAGCAGCAGGAGUCGCUCUGGCAGGGAUAAGUACGGGCCUCCGGUUCGCACAGAGUACCGCCUCAUUGUGGAGAAUCUCUCCAGCCGCUGCAGCUGGCAGGACCUGAAGGACUUCAUGCGUCAGGCCGGGGAGGUGACCUAUGCGGAUGCCCAUAAGGAGCGCACCAACGAGGGGGUCAUCGAGUUCCGCUCCCAGUCUGACAUGCGGAGAGCUCUGGAGAAACUGGACGGCACAGACAUCAACGGCAGGAAGAUCCGCCUGGUGGAGGACAAGGCGCGCCGCUCUCGCCGUUCGUACUCUGGAAGUCGCUCGAGGUCCCGAAGCCGCCGCCGCUCGCACAGCAGAAGCCGCAGAAGCAGCCACUCCCGGAGCAAAUCAAGGUCUCGCUCAAGGUCUCAUUCCCGCCGGCACCACUCCCGUUCCAGGUCCAACCACAAGUCCCGCUCCCGCUCAGGCCGCAAGUCCCGCUCCAAAUCUCCCUCCAGCAAGUCCCGCUCUCGCAAGUCUCACUCUCGCUCCCGCACUCACAAGUCCCGCAGCCGGUCGGCUAGCCGCAAGUCCCGCUCUCGCUCUGACACCCGCAAGUCUCGCUCCAAGAGCACCUCCAAGGUGAAGUCUGAGCGUGGGUCUCGCGGCCAGUCCAAGGAGAAAUCCAGCAGUAAGAAGUCCCGCAGUCGCACUGCCUCACCUGCUGAGAACGGCAACGAAGAGCGCGACAAGUCCGCCUCUCGCUCGCCGUCUCCCCAGGCCGAGAAAAGCGGCUCAAAGUCUCCGGAACGAGCUUCCCGCUCUCGAUCACGCUCACGAUCCAAAACCGCAUCUCACUCUAAAUCCAGAUCCAGGUCCAGAUCUAGAUCUAGGUCCGCCUCCCAGGACUAGAUUGGUACGGCACAUGUCAUGAAACAGUGUAGUAAAGGGGGAUUUUUUUUUUUUUUUUUCGUUUUAUUUUUCUUCCAAACAUUUAAUCAGUUGUAAAAAAAUAAAUAAAUAAAUAAAAACAAAAAAAACAAACCUGUCUUACAUUUGGUGGAGGCGGGAUCAUUAAACAUUUAAACCGGGUAGCCUAGGUGUUUUAUACAUUGCAUGAGCAGACUUACUACACUUAAACAUAUUCUCAGCUUAGUUCUGUGUUGUGCAAAACAAUUCAUCAGCAGCAAAAGUCAUGAUAUUAUAACCCUCUUCAUAACCUGACGUGAUUGGCCCGUUCUGACUUGAUUUGCUGAUGCUGUUCUGCCCAUUUAGACAUUCUUUUUCUCAAUUCAGAUUUAAAAAAGUGAAAAGGAAAAAAAAAACUUGCAGUAACAACUAAUAUAACUGAAUAAUAUGAUGAACUGUCUUGUGGCGUUGUCAUUUCCAUCAAACACACACCUUGUGUUUGGUUUUCUUUCGUUAUUUAUUUGGAUUGAUCACGUCCUGUUAAAGCAUUAAUCCCACCUGCGUUCCUGAUGUGAUGUCUUAAAUUAAAAAGUGCGGGCAGUCCAUUUUUAUUGUUCAUUUUAUUAAAAGUCCUCGUUGAUACAA